AUGAAAUAUUUACUUAUUUUUACAUAUGUUUUAUUGCUUGCAACUAACUUCGUUGAAGCAAGAAACACUACAUGCAAUAAGUUUGUAGAUUAAUACGCCCCUUUCAAUACUUUCUUCACUGGAUACUUAAAUCCAGGGUUUGAUGACUAAACUACAGGUCUAGGAUUUGUUUUUUACUCGAAAUAAAAUGCUACUACAGUAGAGGAAAUAGCUGAAGUUCCUACACUUAUUUGGUUAAAUGGUGGUCCAGGGUCUCCCAGUAUGUAAGGAGCUUACUUUGAAAAUGGACCUUACAGAGUUUUGAAUAUCAGUGGGUAAAAAGUAAUUCAAGUUAAUCCAGAUGCUUGGACUAAUAAGUAUAAUGUCCUUUAUAUUGAUUAACCUAUUGCUGUGGGCUUUUCUCGCUCUUUGAAUGAUACCUAUCUACCUAAAAAUAUUACUGUUGUUGCUCAAUAGUUUUAUCAAGCUCUUCUCUCUUUUUACUCAGGAAAUGGAUGCUACAACAAUACCUAGCUUCACAAAUCUCCUAUUUUCAUUACAGGUGAAAGCUAUGCUGGAAAAUAUAUUCCAAAUAUUGCUGCUGAAAUUAUCAAGCAAAAUAAAAUUGCUGCUGCUACAGGAAAUAUAGUGAUUCCUCUUUAAGGAGUUUCAAUAGGAGAUCCUUUCAUUGAUCCCCAACACUAAUUUUACUAAUUAGGAGAAUUCGGAAUUUAGAAUGGUCUCAUCACUGAAGAAACAAGGUAAAAGUUAGAAGUUAUUAUCGAUAAAAUGCGUUUCUACAUAGAUACCAAAGAUAACUUUAAUGCAACAAUGGCUUAUAAUUAGUCAAUCAGCUUUUUCAUGGAGAAUUCUAUCUAUCCUUUGUAAAAUUUUUAUAAUUUUAAAAUUGGACCUUAUCCUGAUGAUUUUGUUGCUGACCACUGCUAAGAUUACAUCAAAUAAUUUGGCUUUGAUGAAGAUUUUACUUUUGGUAGUACUAAUAUAAAAAUUGCCAAAUCUUUAUUUAUGGAUAACUUCAAUCCUAAUGCCAUCCCUGCUCUUCAGUACAUAUUAUCUAAUAAAUUGCCUGUUAUAAUCUAUAAUGGUGAUAAUGAUAUCGCUAUAACCUCUCUAGGUGUUAAAACAUCUAUCAAUAAUUUCUCUUGGGAAGGCCAGUAAAUCUUUUCUAGAUUACCUAUGUCUAAUAUUACAAACAAUAAGAACAAAACAAUUGCAGCUUAUAAGAAUUUCUUGAACUUGCAUUUAGCUACUAUCUUAGAUGCUGGCCAUUUAGUACCUUAUGACUAGCCCGAAAGUAUGAAUAUUAUAUUAGACAAUUUCAUUGAUAGUGCUCUCAAAACAACAAAAACAACAACUAAAUAGCACUGA